AACAUGGAACCUAGAAACCAAACAGAUGUUUCAGAAUUGCUACUCCUGGGAUUGACAGAUGACCCAGACCUGCAGCCCCUCCUCUUUGGGCUCUUCCUGUCCAUGUACCUGGUCACCGUGCUGGGGAACCUGCUCAUCAUCCUGGCCAUCAGCUCAGACUCCCACCUGCACACGCCCAUGUACUUCUUCCUCUCCCACCUGUCCUUCACUGACAUCUGUAUAAGCACAACCACCAUCCCAAAGAUGCUGGUGAACAUCCAGACACAGAAUCAGAGCAUCACUUUUGUCGGCUGCCUCACCCAGAUUGGCUUUGUCCUGUUUUGGGGUGGAUUUGAGAAUUUCCUCCUUGCAGCAAUGGCCUAUGACCGCUAUGUGGCCAUUUGUCACCCCUUACAGUACAUGGUUGUCAUGACCGUCCGCCUCUGUGUUCUGCUGAUUGUACUCUCCCUGCUCCUUAGCACUGUGGUCGCCCUGCUGCACAGUCUGAUGGCACUGCAGCUGUCCUUCUGCGGGGACCUGGAAAUCCCCCACUUCUUCUGUGAACUUGCGCACAUCAUCAAGCUCGCCUGUUCUGAUAUCUUCAUCCAUAACUUCCUGAUAUAUUUUGUGGCUAGCCUAUUUGGUGGUAUUCCUCUGUGUGGAAUCAUUUUCUCUUAUACUCAAAUUGUCUCCUCCAUUUUGAGAAUGCCGUCAGUUGCGGGGAAGGUCAAAGCUUUUUCCACCUGUGGGUCGCACCUGUCAGUUGUGUCCUUGUUCUAUGGAACCGCUUUUGGGGUGUAUAUUACAUCUACAGUGACUGACUCUCCCAGGAAGACUGCAGUGGCUUCAGUGAUGUACAUUGUGGUUCCUCAAAUGAUGAACCCUUUUAUCUACAGCUUGAGGAACAGGGACAUGAAAGAAGCCUUAGGAAAACUAAUUGGUAGAAUACGUAUUUUCUUUUCUGAUUUUGUGCCAUUUACUUUGGGCUGUGGUUUCUAG